AUGAGACUGAAGAUCCUUUGCAUAAUACUCAUAGUAUUCUUACUCUUGAGUCUAAGCAAGACUGAGCACACUCAAGAACAAGAAGGAAUAGAAAUCGCUAGUGACAUUACUAAGGAUAAUAUGUAUAAUGAUAUCAGAUCUGAAGAAAACUCAACAGAAAGAUUCUUUAAUGCCGAUUUAUUUUCUGAAUAUCAUGAACAAUUUAGAUUCUCAGAACAAUAUUGGGUAAAAUUUACUCAAGAUUAUCCUCUUGUCUCUUUAACAAUCGACAAGCCAGUUUAUAUGCCAGGUGAUACUCUUGAAGCCAGAGCUUAUAGGUUUAACCACACUGAUAAAUCUUCAGUUAACUGAGACUUAUAUUAUCUAAGAUAUGAAAUAAUUGAUUCCAACCAAAAAGUCAUCUUUUCGCAAGAAGAUUUGCUUAAAAGACGCUGUGACGAUCUUGGAGAAUAUUUCAGCUACAAGAUACCCGAAGAUAUGGCUGGAGGAGUUUAA